AUGGCACGCAGCCCGACGAGCACCGCUUCGGGUGGUGCAAAGGUUUUAUCGUCUUCGGUUACUUCCUCAGUGUUGACAAUAACAUCAUCUUUAUCAUCUAUAAACUUUCAGUGUGAGAAUGGUGAACAGGGUAAUGCGAAGAAGGAUGAUGGUGGUAAUGGUGAUAAUGAUGCUGAUAAUGAUGAUAGUAUUGGUGAUGAUAAUAAUUUGAUUGAUGCUACUUUGGUUGAACCUCGUGGUCUUAAAUCGGACUCUUCGGUUGUUCCUGGCAGUGCAGUUCGUAGCGUCAACUUGAAAAGUAAGUUGAUACUAGACAACCGAAGCGAUAGCAGUAUGGAUCGGAGACUUUUUGGUAAGGAUGAGGACAAUGUUCAAGGGUCUGAGACUUAUUCAAGAUCUUUAAAGGGCCUCAUGUUGGAUAGACUGACAAACAAUGGGCCGAUAGGUAUUAAUUUCAAUAAAAACGUGGAAUCUGGUAGCCAAUACCUCUCAUCUUAUGGUAUCAUUGGUAGGACUGGGCGAAAUGAGUUGCAGAUGCCUAGUUUUAAAGGGGAUAUACCAUCAAUAGCAGCUUCUAACGCUAAUUACCUUUAUAGAUACCAAAAAAGGACUGGACAUGAUUUCUCUCUUGUCGCACCCUCUGAAGAUGCCAGCAUACUUUCAAGUGUAUCGCAUAACAUGUAUGGACAGAAAAAGAAAGGAACCAAAAGUUUUCAUCGGCAAGAAUCCUCUAGUGAGGAGGAAUCAUUUAUUUAUCAUGAUUUGAACACUGUAUCUGGAACUCCAACCCCUGAAGCAGGUUCCUUGCUCAACGGAGGUAGAAGACUUCAAAGUCCAACAAGGCUUAAUUUCAAUGAUGCUGAGUUUAUCAAGAUAGCUGGUGACAAUUUGUCGCCGUCAGAUCUUUCCUCUCCCAAAAUCAAUACUAGAAAGAACUCGUUUUCUCACGUACGGCAGAUAUCCAGGAGAAUAUUCAGCAAAGAGAAAAAGUACAUGGGUGUGUCGGAUAUGAUUCCCACAAGAGCAUGUUCCACGAUUAUGCCUCAUAAGACAUCUCUGCCUUUUACACCUUAUACACAAGUCAGAGCAGGGUCGGUUUUAUCUCCGAUAAUAGAUUAUGGAAGUGCAGAUGAAUUGACAUCUCCUGAUAUUGCAUCCUAUUAUGAGAGAGAUGGUCCUUGCUUUCUGGAGGAACGCAGUGGGUUUAGUGAGGAUGUUGAGCUGCAUUCGUGCUCUCCUCACAACUACAAGUCUACAUAUUGCAGGAGGGGCUUAAUCAUUCAAAUGAUUAAAUGUUUAUUAAAGAGGCUUUUCUAUUCUUUUCUUAUAAUCAUUUUCCUUCUAAUGGCCAUCAGAUUGUUCAUCUUUAAGUACUGUGACAACGGCCUUGUUGAAUUCACCCUUGAUCAUUUAGAAAAUGUUCUCGUGAGCAGCGAGAUGCUGCUUUUUGACAUCAACGCUUCUGCAAGAAACCUGAAUAUGCAAAGCGUUGACAUCUGGAAAAUGGAUGUCGAUGUAUUAAUGAAAACCAGAUCCGGGGUAUUUCAAAACUCAGUUUCCAAAUAUCCCCUCGUCGAUGAGGAUAUCACUAUUUUCCUAGGCAAUAGCCUAGAUUUUACUACGCCUUUAAAGUUCAGGGGUCUGUUUAGUUUAGACACUGAUGAGGAGAACUCUACCGUUCUCUUUCCAACUUUCAAAGAGUUCUGGAGUAGACUCUUCCGUGAAAAAUACGUAUUACGACAAAACACCAGUGGUCAGGUUAAGAUACAAUGGCCAGGAAAGGAUUUCAAGUACAAAGGGGCGCCACUUUCACCUGAUCAAUGGAACAAGAUCCUAAAUUCAAGGUUUAGACUUAUUAUAAAAGGUUCAUUUAGAUAUCAUCUUCCUCUGUUAUCAUCUGAUCAAGUUCUUGUUUUCUCCCAUGAGGAAACUCUCAACCCAGGAACGCCAGAGAACAUACCAUAG